GUCAAGUUAACAGUUCCUGCUCGACCAGGAAGACGCGUCUCCCAAGUUCCCCUCUCUUAAAUUGUUGCUUCCAUUCGUAGCGAUAUGUCGUCAACGAGUGUCGAACAUGCGAACAGCUUGCUGGAAGAGCAACCGCUCCUGCGACGGGGCAAGAGGAGACUCCCGUCCUUGAACGUCCAGCAUUGGCAUUCUCAUCCUUUUAGACGGGACCCAUGGACCGUAAGAAGUACGAAGGAAAAGACUGCACAGUUUCUUUCGUCGAAGGCCGGGCAUUAUUCUGUUCUUACGCUGGUGUCGCUUGAUGUCCUUAGCAUGAUCGCUGACUUCGUUCUCAAUCUGUUCAAAUGUGAGCAAGGAAGAAAGGGUUCAGAUUGGGAUUUGGCCCUGGAGAUACUUGGCUCUGUCAGUCUGGUGUUCUCAUGCCUAUUCGUCGUUGAACUCAUUGCCUCCGUCUGGGCAUUCGGUUGGAAAUAUUUCAACUCUUGGUUUCACUGCUUCGAUGCCUUCAUCGUCAUCGCAGGCUUCAUUACAGAUGUAGCACUCCGCGGCAUUAUAGAGGAGGUCGCUUCUCUGAUUGUCGUCAUGCGGCUUUGGCGAGUCGUCAAGAUUAUAGAAGAACUUGGUGUUGGAGCUCAGGAGCAGACGGAGGAGUUGAAUGUCAAGCUAGAGAAGGUUGAGAGUGAGAAUGAGGAUUUGAGAAGUGAGAUCUCACGGCUGAAGGGAGCCAUGAGGAAGGCGGGACUGGAUCAGGAUAUUGGGGGUAGUGUGAGCUGAAGUUGAGACCUUCAACGACAGAGGUUACGGUGUUGGAAGCCAGUAGAAACACGUAAAGGUAGAUGUGAUGGGUUUCCCUGCAGACGGUGACAGUCUUCUGUUGGGGAGGUCUCCUAGUGAGCAGGCAGAGCAAGCAGACAUGGCUGCAUUCCGAUAUCGUCUAGGAAAAUGAGACAAUAAGAGAUUCACUGUAGCGUCUGAAAAUAUUUCCCUCUUUUUUCUGAUCCGGAAAUCCUACUUGGAGAAGGGGUGGAGC